CGUAUUCGUUCUUCAAUCCCACACCUCUUGUGUCACUUUCUUCCUUUCUCUUCUCAAAUUUUCAAGCUAUUUUGCUUCUCUUGAUAAAGAUUCCACUCUAUAAAUCUUACUGUAUUAUUAUAUUCUCUAAGCUUCUAUCAAUCAAACAAAAGGUACGUAGAUUCUUAUAUUCUAGUAUCUUUUGCGAUUUUGUUACUACUAGCUCAGAGUCUUUGUUUAAUCGAAGAUCGUUCUUGGUCGUCCGUUUUGUUUUCUAAAAGCAGGUGAGUGUCAAUGGAGAAGAACUACAUGAGGCAUGAGCUAUGGAGAGAUGGAGAUUUUCAAGAAGAUGAUGUGUGGGAUGUUCUUGAUGGAUAUCAAUCACCGUUUAUGAUUAGUAGUAACCAUACCACUAAACCCUCAUUCUCAACACAAACUUUACUUCCAAGCGAACCAAGAAUGAUUCCUGAGAGGCAGAGGAUAGAAGGAAUGGCACCUAUGAGACAACAGUCGGCUCCUGUCAAUGUCCCUGAUUGGUCAAUGGUUCAAAGAAAGAAGACAAAGAAAGUUGAUGAUGAUGAGAAUGUGUCACCGGAGGAAUAUUUCCUUCGGCGCAGUCGAUCAUCAUCGUCUUCAGUUAUGGAAGGAGUUGGAAGGAAACUGAAAGGAAGAGAUUUGAGCAAAGUAAGGAAUGCAAUAUUGAAGCAAACUGGAUUUCUUGAGUAGACAAAGGUUGUAUAAAUGUUUAGAUAUGUA